AUGGCGGGUUUGAAAACACAGAAUGCCAUUACAUUGAAAGGAUCUACAGAAAUUGUCACGGAGUUUUUUAAUUAUGGUAUUAAUAGUAUUUUAUAUCAACGUGGUAUUUACCCACCAGAAUCUUUCACAAGGGCUCAAAAAUAUGGGUUAACGUUAUUAGUUUCAACUGAUGAUCAACUAAAGGAAUAUUUAGAUAACAUUACAUCUCAAAUAAAAGAAUGGUUAACAAAUAUGAGCCUACAGAAGUUGGUAGUGGUUGUUAAAAGUAUACAUACUAAUGAAGUAUUAGAACGAUGGCAGUUUGAUAUAGAUUGUGAUAAGACAGUCACAUCAGAAACUAAAAGAAUGAAAGAUGAAAAAGAAAUAAAAGAUGGUAUUAAAUCAGUUAUAAGACAAAUUACAGCUUCUAUAACAUUUCUACCCUUAUUAGAAACAGCAUGUGCCUUUGAUAUAUUGGUCUAUACAGAUAAAGAUUUAGAUGUACCAGAAAGUUGGGGAGAGUCAGGUCCUCAUUUUGUUGUAAAUUCAGAAGAAGUCAGAUUAAGGUCAUUUACAACUACAAUACAUAAAGUGGAUGCUAUGGUGGCAUAUAAAAAGUGUGACUGAUGAAAGGAUUGGUUCGCUAAUCAAUUGAUAUAGUGCUAUUAACAUACACAUGUACAUGUUAUGUUAGAAAUUCCCGUGAUGCAUCAUGUACUGCUCAAAGACAGUCCAUAAGCUCAAAGUCAUCUCAUACCAAUUUAUUGUGGACCUUAGAAAGAAGAUCUGCAUGUGCUCUUGAAGUACUUUAUACUGUCUCUUGUUUAUAUUUCUUUGUGUUUGAGAUCAUUUCAAAUCUUUAUCUAUGUGAUGUGCUUUGAUCAACAGGAGUAACAGCACAGAAUUGUAACAAAUUAUUUUGUAUUAUGAUAAACACUACAAUCAUGUGAGCAACUUUUGUGGGAAAGGAAAAGAAAUAUAAAUUCUACACAAUUUGACAUCCAUUCAAUGUCUCAUUUGGUAACCCAAAAUAUGUCAAAUAAGACCAUAUUAAAUGUUAGUAGACCCUUAUUCUUGUCACUUGACAUAAGCAACUUCAUUGGGCUACAUAUGUCAUUCAUGUUGACCACUACAUUGAUCAUAGUACAUAUGAAUCAGAGCAUAACUUCUGAAUUAAACACUUUCAUACAAUAUUUUGUUCAAUGAAUCUGUGGUUCAUCAUUUUACUAUAUCCUCUUGUGAAAAUAAUUGUUAUCAGAGACCUUCAUCCUUAGUAAAAUGUAUUAAGAUGAGUUUGCUUGCUACAUAAUUUUCAAAUGAAAAAAACAAAGAUUUGAAAUUACAAAUUUUAUUGACAUUUUAUGUGUUAAUAAAUAAUGAUAAUAUACACAAAUCAUGGUACAAAUAUGAAAGAAAAAUAAAUAUAUGUGUGAUGUAUCAGAAAGAAAAAUGUCUUGUAAAUGAGCAAAACUCUAUGAAAUGUAAAUUAGCAUGGUACCGUUAUUCAAGUACAUCAUUCAAAAUCAGCAUUUAAAUACAUGUUUGUUACAUCAUAAUUAAAUUGUAAAUAUUUCAUGAAAAGAUGUAAAAAAUUUUACAAUGUACAAAGAUUUACAAAGAAUAUAUUAAACGUAUCACAAUGCUGCCUCAUAAGUUUAUAUAAGUUCCAAUUCCCUUCACCUAUUCUAAUAUCCUGGUGCCUAUAACCUGCACCUAAUGUUGGACUACUUGUCGUUUGUGAGUCACAUACCAACUCUUAAUUCCUUGGACUAUCCAUGCGAGUCGUUCAAUAUCAUCACAAAAUCCUUCAUCUUCAAUAUCUCGCCCCAUCGGACAACGGUGGUAUUGUUUCUUAUAUUCCAAUAAACAGAAGCAACUUUGGCACUCAUAGCACAAUAAACGUCUCUUAUUUUGAACAGCUACUGGUAUGUCAUAAAAUCCAUCGUCACCCUUUAUUUCAUUUACUGGUGCUUGCAUCUUGAAGUUUUUCUUGUACUAUAUAGAUGACAUUUACAAAAGCUCUUUGCGACGGUUUACUCUGUU